AUGCAAGACAUCUUGAAACACCAACUUUCUUUGCAAAAUAGUUUAUUGUGCGAAGGUGAAUUCUUUCACAUCAGAUGUUGUGCACAUAUCUUGAAUAUCAUAGUGCAAGCUGGUUUGAAGGUGAUUAGUGAUGCUCUAGACAAGAUUAGAGAAAGUGUGAAAUAUGUUAGAGCGUCAGAGGCAAGGAUGAAAGCGUUUGAUGAAUGUGUGGAGCAAGUUGGUGGAAAUAUUAGAGCUUCUUUGUGUAUGGAUGUGGCAACACGUUGGAAUUCUACUCAUAUGAUGCUUGUAAGUGCUCUCAAUCAUCGAUAUGCUUUUAGUAGCCUUGCUUUGAUUGAUAGAAAUUACAAGUUCUGUCCAACAAAUGAAGAGUGGAUCAGGGGAGAAAAAAUACGUGACUUCUUGAAGCCGUUUGAUGAUAUUACAACGAUGAUAUCUGGUUCAAAGUAUCCGACUUCUAACUUGUAUUUCAUGAAAGUUUGGAAGAUUGAAAUGCUUUUGAAAGAGUAUGUAGGAGGUGAAGACGAGCUUCUUAAAAGCAUGGCUGAAAGAAUGAAGGUGAAAUUCGAUAAAUAUUGGGAAGAAUAUAGUAUCAUUCUUGUCAUAGGAUCUGUGCUUGAUCCGAGGAUGAAGUUGGAAGCAUUGAAAUUCUUUUAUGAUCAACUUGACGAGGAAAGUAGUCAAUCAAAGGUGGAUAAAGUGAAGAGUAAGAUGUAUUUAAUCUUUGAAGAAUACAAAAAAAGAUUUGGGAUAUCGACUUCUAAGAGUUUAUCUAUUUCACAAGAUAACAGUUCAAAGGAGGAUAAACAAGGUUCGACUCAAUUUGAUGAAUUAAGUGGAUGGAAAACCAAGGCUUCUUUAGACGAUGGAUUAAAAACGGAUUUGGAUAAAUAUCUAAAGGAUCCUACUAUAGAUUUACAUCGAUAUAAAGAUAUGGAUAUCUUGGAGUUUUGGAAGAUCAAUGAAGCACAAUAUGGUACUGCAUUGGCUUUUAUGGCAUCUGACAUUCUCAGUAUUCCUAUCACUACCGUUGCUUCAGAGUCGUCUUUUAGCGCUGAUUCUAGAAGUGGUAUUGACGGCACUCUAUCAACCUCAUUGUCACCUAUGGUCAUCUUGCCGGAGGUGGUGUCGGAGAAUUGA